AUGCAGGUCACAAAACUUUUAAACAAUAUUUCAGUGGAAGUAAGACGAGGUGCGGCACAAAGCAAUCCCAAACCAAUACGCCAAUACGCGGCAAUAUACAUAGCGAAACAAUCUAUUCUAUCCUCUGACAUCACCGAUGCGUCAGCAGACACAAUAUUCCUACAGUCCGUCUCAUCUUGCGGUGUGUUCGUUGGGGACUAUAUCCAGAUUGAUGACGAAGUCUUGCUCAUUCUUGCCAUCAGCCAAAACAAUCUGUCGGUCUCCAGGGGUGCAAGCUCGAGCGCAGCUACGUCACACACAGCAGGAGCUGCCGUCAUUGCUAUCCGCAGCACCGCGAUCGUGCAGGGAUGGAAUUUCCUGGAAACCGCCACGAAGCUUCUGCUACAAUCGUACGACAUGCCCUCUAUACAGGUCGGUCGCUUCCUUCAGAUCGAGGACGAGAUCGUCCUGGUGACCAACGUCUCGACCGACGGAGUAGAGACCGAGAGAGGAGUAGGGCAGACUGAAGUCGUGGCACACGCCGGGGGAACCACCGUGACUGUGGUGCUCAUGACCACAGUCAUCAGAGAGAGCCGGAUAUGGCACAACGAUACGGCUAUACGUGUUUUCAACACAAGUGUGUUCGAGAUAUCUUCUGGUCUGUUCUUGGAGCUCGAGGACGAAAUCAUCCUCGUCAGUGAUGUCAGAGCAGUAUCCGACGCGGUCUUGGAGCUACAGGUGGCUCGAUCGUCAAGCCGACGACAGGCGCUCGAUUGA